CCACCAAAAAAGUAUUUGAAUGUUCAAAAUUUUGUUGCAAAUCCAAUUGAAGCCCCCUCCCCCAAAAAACAAUGCCGACGCACGAAAUCCGGCGGGCGUACAAGCGGCCAGCAAUAUCAGACCAACAAAAGCGAAGAGAACUCUCUCUCCUCCGCCAGCAGCAAAGCCGUUCUGACGCCCAGUCCCAGGCUCGCCGCCUCGCCUCCACCCUUUUCUCUCUCAAUCAACCAACCCCCUCCACUUCCUCUGCCGCAACCGCCGCCGCUGACGACCCUAUUGAUGUCGAUAUCGAUUCUGAAGAAGAGGAUGAUCAGCAGAAUAGCCCUCAACUUGAAAAUAUUAAGGAUGUUCGACAGGCUUCCAAGCUUCGAGGCCAAGAGUCUCGGCGUUGGUUUGCUCGUCAGUUGAUGCUUCCCGAGUGGAUGAUUGACGUCCCUGAUCGCCUUUCUCAAGACUGGUUUGUAUUAGCUAGGCCGGCUGGGAAGCGAUGCUUUGUGGUUUCCACCAAUGGGACAACAGUUAGUAGACAACGUAAUGGCAUAGUAUUGCAUCAUUUCCCAUCUGCUCUACCUUGUGGAGCUAGAACGAGAGGGAAUUCUGCUGCUCAGUCAUAUUGUAUUCUUGAUUGCAUAUUCCAUGAGAUGGACCAGACGUAUUAUGUGAUUGACAUGUUAUGCUGGGGAGGAUACUCUCUUUACGAUUGUAAUGCCGAGUUCAGGUUUUUUUGGUCGAACUCAAAGCUUGCUGAAAGUGGAGCUUGUGAACCACCUUCACAGUACCACAGAUAUCGGUUUAGUCCAGUUCCUGUCUACAACUGUGACCAGAAUGGACUGCUCUCCGCCUAUACAGGACAAGUACCUUAUGUCAAAGAUGGUCUCUUGUUCUAUAAUAAGCAUGCACACUAUCAAUCUGGAAAUACACCGCUGACAUUGGUCUGGAAGGAUGAGAAAUGUAGCCAAUAUGUUAUCGAUACAGACAGCAAAGGUGAAGUUCCAAGCAAACAACAGGUGGUCUUAGAGCUUCAAAAUGAUGGAACCGUGAUUACUUCUGAUGACCCUCCUGUUGUAUUUGGCUGCUUAGAUCAGGAAAUUCUACAGAAGUCAGGAUUUUGUCAAGGUAGUCUUCUGCGAUUUUCAAUCAAUGAUGGAGGACUGACAUUUAUUGAUGGGAAGCUAGAGAAGGCCGAUUUGCAAUUCCAAGACAAGCCCAACCGUGCUCGUGCUUUUGCCGAUAGUUACUCAAAGGUUGUAUUUCAAUACAUGGCUCGGCAUUCGCCUCUUAAGAUUGACGAUUUUUUAGGAACCAUCAACUCACAGAGUGACCAAGAAAGUAAAGAUGUUGAGAUGUCGGGCUGACGAAAUUCAGACACACAACGAUAUAAUUUUUUAACUCAAGUAGCCAAUAUUUGAAGCUUGGUAUGGUCGAAGAAAGCUGAUGCGCCGAUUAGUCAUUUUCUAGCAUCACGGACUUGGCGCUCAGAAAAGAACAAUGUGAAGGCUGCCCUGUGCAAUUGUGCAUACAUAGUUUGGGACUUCUUUUAGGUUGUCACUAAAAAAUGUUCUCUGACUUGUGUAUUAUAUUAUGAAGGACGAUUCAUAGUAAUGCACAGUAAAUGCUGAUCUUUUGCUAGUGCUACCCAGGAAGCUUUAGUAAUCCUUUUUAUAGCAUGAAUGUUAAGUAUUAAUGUUGUAGAAUUGUGGAUGUCAAGAGCUUAAUUCCAUAGUCAUUCAAUUCGUUUUCAA